AUGGAUCAUUCACGAGACGAAAGUCGAGGAAGUCGUAGAAGUGAUGGUAGCUUAUUUGUUCUUAGUGGAAGUAAAAAAAAAUAUAGAGAUGACGAACGUCGACACGAUAGAAGACGAGAACAUAUUAGAGGAUAUGGGGAAGUUUAUGAACAGCAUGUAGAAGAUAGUCCUGAAAAAAGGUUGACUACGCUUUUAAUUAUAUUGGGUGAUAAGAUGACUCCCACAGAAAUAAAUAAAAAUAUAGACAAGGUAGCAAACGUUAUUCUCUCGGACUUUAUGGAAUUACCAAUGAAAUCAUUUAUUUAUGGAACUCUUGUCGGUCUGGUGAAUAUCAAAAGAUCAGAUAUUGGUGCUGCUGUAGUAAAGACGACUUCACAAACUUUGCAACAAUGUUUAAAUGAAGGAAAUUGGCAUGGUGCAAAAUUAGCACUCAAAUUUUUUGCGGAAUUAACGAAUGCAAAUGUUAUUUUACCUAGAACUAUGUUAGACAUUUAUGAUGACUUGUUGACUACUCUUGAUGAACCACGUGUAAAAAUGUAUCGUGCAGAAACAAUUGUUCGCAUAGUUUUAUCUACAUUACCUUAUGUAGGAAUGCAACUGCGUAAAAAAAGUCCUGUAGUAUUGGAUAGUAUGUUAUCUAAAAUUGAACGAUACAUUAGCGCGAGGUAUAGAAUUAUAUUAGAAAUUGAUGGAUCUACUGUCCUUUCAUCAGUCACUCCAUAUAUUGGUUCAAAUGUUCCGUAUGAUCAAGUGGAUAUUCAAAAUCUAAAGCAAAAUGAUUGGGUGUGUUCAAUACUUUUGAAACCAUGGGCAGAUUAUGAAGAUGUUUUAGAAAAAGCAGAACAACACGAAGUUGAUAAAUUCAUAGUUCGAGAACAUCCUCAAGAAAUAAAUAAUUCUUUACCAGUACCUUUAUUUCGAAUUUUUGUUGGAUCAGAUGAUGAGUCGAAUAUUGAUUUUCAUCAACCUUCAGAUAUAGCUUUCUUUCUUGUUAAUGAUAUUGUCGAAGAUAUUAUAGAUUCAUUCGAGAUAAAUCGCAAAGAAUGCUCAAAAUAUUUAAAAGAUCUUCCACAUAAUUUUGCAUCAAAAACUUUUGUGGAUACAGAUAUUAAUGAAUCUGAAACAAAAUCUGAUGAAAACGUUGAAUCUGAUUUAAAAGAAGAUUUAAAAGAAGAUAUAAAAGUGGAAUCAGAUAUGGAUACUCCUAGUUGGAAUAAAACAUCACCACCAAAUACAAAUAAUGUUAAUUCUGGUUUCAAACUUGAACAAAUUAUUGUUGAGAGGAUUUUUGCUCAGGUUUUUCGAUUACCUCAACCUAAAUAUAAACCUAUUUUUUAUCAUUCAUUGUUGAUUGAAAUAUGCAAAACCAUUGGAAUCCUUUUUGAUCGUAUUGAUAUUAUGGAUGUUGAAUGUUGCUAUCGAUUUUGGAAUUGGUUCGCUCAUCAUCUCAGCAAUUUUGGAUUCGUAUGGAAUUGGAAAGAUUGGGAAUAUGUUUUGCAGUUAGAUCCAUCACAUCCUAAAGUCUGUUUUAUACGAGAAACUUUAGAGAAGACAAUACGUUAUAGUUAUUAUGAUCGAAUAAGAACUUCAAUGCCUGAAGAGUUUUUAGCAAUAUUUCCGUCAUCCGAACCUUCUAUAAAUUUUCGUUACAAAGAUUCCCAACAUCCAUUGUAUAAUCUAUCCACAAAUUUAAUAAAUAAACUUCGCGCAAAGAGUCCUAAUAAUGAAAUAAAAUCUAUUUUGGAAGAAGUGGGUAAGAAUUUUCCGGAAAUGCCUCAGCUUGAACAAGAACAAACGAUACGUGAUUUGUUUAUACAAUGUGUUUUAAUGCUGGGUAGCAAAAGUUUCAGUCAUGUCUUGAAUGUUGUUGAAAGAUAUCUACCCAUUUUGCAAGCUUUGAAUGAAACACCCGAAGCGCGAUUACAUACGGUGAAAAUUGUUGCGGAAUUUUGGGUCAAUAAUACUCAGUUUUUGGGAAUUUUACUUGAUAAAUUGUUAAAUUACCGUGUUAUCGAUGCAUUCGCAGUAAUAUCUUGGCUUUUUAGUGAUGAAUUAGAAAAGGAUAUAUCAAAAUCAUAUGUAUGGGAAAUCACGAAAAAUACAAUUAAUAAAGUGAUAUCGCGUGUCAAACAAGUAACAAAUAAGUUGGAAACAAUAACAAACCCAGCGAUUGAGAGAGGUAACUUGGGUGUUGAUAUAACAUCUGAAGAGCACAAAAAAGUCAGCCCUGAUGAAAUACAGAACAUCGAAAAUACUUUGAAUAUGGUAACCAGAGAACAAAAAGAAGUACUAUCAAAAAUGAUUCAAAUGUUUGUUACCAUGCUUGACAAUAAAUUAAAGGAAUACAGUGUGAAGGAAAUCCAAGACCCAUUUUCUCAAUUAUGGUUUUGGUGGGCAUAUGGAUUCUUUAAAGAAAUUAGUCGAACGUAUCAACCACAAAUUUCAACAUUUAUGGUUACACUAAAGACUCUGGUGAUUUCACCAGGAAUCGAUGGCCGCAUUCUGAAUGUGAUCGAAAUGGUAAAUGCAUUUGAAAAUUUUAUUAAUGCUACUGUAGAAAAUGAUUUUUAA